UGUAGACACUCGAAACCAACGUCUGUAUGGAAUAGCGUUUAUGGUACCUAGAACUUCUUUUAAAUUACGGUUCAAACUAUAAAGUACCUUCAAAUGAAGAACAAAAUCGAAUUUAGCCCGCCGCCAGUGUCGGGCACGCAGCUCACCAUCAGCCUGGGCCAUCUCAACAACGAAGACGGCGGCGGCGGCGGUAACGCAGGCGACGCAGAAGGCGGAGGCGCCAUGUGGAUGGGGUGCAGUGAGGCCGCUCGUCAGGAGUGGCGUGACGUGGUGUCGCAGCUCUCGAGCAACGUGACGAGAGGGCUGUCCGAGAGCGACGUGCAGCUCAGGAGGAGGACGGUCGGCUACAACCAGUUCAGCGAGACUGUCGACGAGCCGCUCUGGAAGAAAUAUCUCGGACAGUUCAAGGAGCCGCUGAUAUUACUGCUGCUGGUGUCAGCGGGCGUGUCAGUGGUGAUGCGUCAGCUGGACGAUGCUGUCGUCAUCACCCUUGCCAUCAUCAUCGUCGCGACGGUGGCCUUCGUUCAGGAGAUGCGCACCGACCGAGCCCUCGAGGAGCUCAAGAAGCAGGUGCCGGCGACGUGCAUGUGCCUGCGUGAGGGCGCUGUACGGGAGUACCAGGCGCGGGAGCUGGUGCCUGGGGACGUGGUACACCUCGGCAUAGGAGACCGCGUGCCUUCUGACGUGCGACUCUUCCAGGCCACGCAGCUCUGCGUCGACGAGAGCAGCUUCACUGGCGAGACCGAGCCUGCCCCCAAGGUGGUGUCUGUGAACGGCACGACGGUGGGCGUGCCAGACGGCAACAGCAGCUCUAGCCUCCCCAACAUUGCCUACAUGGGCACCUUCGUGCGCACCGGCCGCGGCAAGGGCAUCGUCAUCAACACAGGCGAGCGCAGUCAGUUCGGCAAGCUGUUCCGCCUGAUGCAGGACGAGGAGGCCCCGCGCACGCCCCUGCAGCUCAACAUGGACAAGCUCGCCAAGAAGCUCUCCAUAUUCUCCUUCGCCUUCAUCUCCGUCGUGUUCGGCCUGGGGCUGUACCAGGGCAUCCCCCUACAGAAGAUCUUCAACAUUGCGGUAUCGCUGGCGGUGGCGGCGAUCCCUGAAGGUCUGCCGAUCGUAGUGACGAUGACGCUGUGCCUCGGCAUACGGCGCAUGGCGCAGCGUAGCGCCCUCGUCAAGGGCCUGCACACCGUCGAGACCCUCGGCUGCGUCACCACCAUCUGCUCUGACAAGACCGGCACUCUCACCAAGAACGAGAUGACGGCGACGUGGCUGUGCACCUCCGAGCGCGACGAGUGCACCUUCAGCGGCGUGGGCUACGACGUGGACAGCGGCAAGGGCCUCCACUUCACCUCAGGAUACUCACAAAAGGCGAACGACGCCGUCACCAAGUUGCUCGAGACCGGCCUCCUGUGCAACAACGCUCAGCUGGUGGCGGGACAGCUACUGGGGCAGCCGACCGAGGGCGCUCUGCUGGUAGCGGCUCUCAAGCACGGGCUAUACAGCACCGCGGACAAAUACGUGCGCCUGGAAGAAAUUCCUUUCAGUUCUGACACCAAGAAAAUGGCUGUUAAAGUCCAGCACAAAGAGACGGGCGCCGUGGAGUGGCUGGUGAAGGGCAGCGUUGAGGUGCUGAUGGAGGACUGUGCUCAGUACCAUCAGGGCAGCUCCAGUCUGCCGCUCUCACCCAACACUAAAGCCGCCAUCAUCAGCACUGCCCAGCAGCAUGCGCGCCAUGGUCUCAGAGUUGUUUGCCUGGCCCGAGGCAGCUCGCUGCAGUCGCUGGUGUACCAAGGGCUUGUGGGCAUACAGGACCCCCCACGGGAGGCCGUGGCUCACGCCCUAGACGUGCUCUACAGCACAGGAGUUAACGUUAAGAUGGUCACCGGCGACGCCAUGGAGACCGCGUGUGCUGUCGCCAGGGCUGUUGGCAUGCACGUUUCUCCAGGUGGUGUGUUCUCUGGCAACCACCUGGAUAGCGUUGACGACAACCAGCUGGCGGCCAUCAUGCGGGAGGCUACUGUCUUCUACAGGGUCGCACCGAGACAUAAGCUCCGUAUUGUGAAAGUGAGUAGCAACUGUUACUGAAGUCUGUUGCUAGUCGUGGCUCUGAAGCGCGCCAACAUCGGCAUCGCCAUGGGCAAGAUGGGCUCUGCGGUCAGCAAGGAGGCUGCAGACAUGAUCCUUAAUGACGAUAACUUUGCUACUAUUCUAGCCGCCAUAGAAGAAGGCAAGUGCAUCUUCCACAACAUCAGCAACUUCGUUCAGUUCCAAGUGAGCACCAGCAUCGUGGCGCUGAGCCUCAUCGCCCUCUCCACCCUCUUCGGCCUCCCCAGCCCUCUCAACCCCAUGCAGAUCCUGCUGAUCAAUGUGAUCAUGGACGGACCGCCGGCACUGACGCUGGGGAUGGAGCUCAUUGAUGCGGACAUCGCCAGGCAGCCGCCCCGCGACACUAGCAAGGACCUCAUCACCCCGACUCUCAUCCGCAACUGCGUCAUCUCUGCCGUCGUCAUCAUCAUCGGCACGCUAUGGGUCUUCAGGUCCGAGAUGCUGGACGGGGUCGUGACGGCACGAGACACGACCAUGACCUUCUCAUGCUUCGUGCUCUUCGACAUGUUCAAUGCGAUGUCGUGUCGCAGCGCCACGAAGAGCAUCUUCGAGCUGGGCUUCUUAUCCAACUGGUAUCUGUUCAUCGCCCUCUCUGCUACCCUGGCUUGUCUGCAAGCCGUCGUAUAUCUGCCUUUCCUGCAAUGGAUAUUCCAGACCGAGGCGCUGCACUUGUCCGACUGGCUGUACUUGGUAUGCCUUACCUCGUCCGUGCUCAUCGUGAGCGAAGUGCGCAAGAUGCUCGACAAAAUUACUAACUCGCGCUUUAGAAAAUCCGUGAGCAGAAGCAGUAAAGGAUUAGGUUACAUAGGCUUGCCGAGGCUGGCUGCUAACGCAAGCAAGAGUAAGGAGGCGUUACUUUACGGACUUGAAAACGUCUAGAAGUAACGAAUAUGUGUAUAGUUUUCUAUUUUAGUGACGAAUUCAAUGUGCGUAUUUAUAAGGAAAUUUGAUUCCUUGUCUCAAAAUUUAACAUAGAAUUAGAUCCCUUGCGCAGCGGAAUGAUUACAUUUUAUACAACUUGUACCAGAAUUCUGCAGUAAUGUGGUAAUGGCAAAUCUAAACAUCUGUCGAUUGGAUUAACCGGAAAAUUGCAACAGAUUUUUAUUCCCAAUAAGAAUUAAAGGAAAUCAUAUAUGCAGCCAUAGAAUGUAAGUUACCUGGCAGUUAAAUGUGUAAUUUUGUUGAAACUUUUUAUCAGUAUAAGCCUAUUGUCCGAACAAUUUUUUUUUUCAAAAUGAACUUUUCCGUCACAGCGAGUGAAUUGCUGUUA